UUGACAUUUAUUUAUUUGUAAACAUGUCUCAGAUAAACCGGCAUAAUUUGCGAGCGCAGUUUGGAAAAUUCUCUACACGAUUUAUUAAAACUACUAAAAAAAGAAAAUACGAGGCACUAUAUAAUAAAUCUAAAGUUCACGAACAAAUUUUGACGGAUUUGGGUCGAAGAAUAGUUGAAAUAAAUACACUUGCCAAAGAAUUGUGGUGUUUCAAAUGUGACAUUCCCUUAUCUCUGAAAAAUAUUCAGAGUGAAAAACAGUUUGGUUUAUCAAAUAUUUUUUGCAUUAAAUGUUUGAGUUGCUGUAAAAUUUAUGAAGUUCACACUAAUAAACAUCAUACAGAUCAUACUCAACUGUAUGAUGUAAAUUUUAAGCUAGUUAUUGCUCCAAUUGAUGCAGGCAUUGGAGAAGCUCACAUAAAUACAAUACUUUCAGCUUUAAAUAUUCCGCAUGUGACUGGAUCUUUGAUUCAAAAGUAUGUAAGAUUAGUCACUCCAGCAUUUAAAGUAGUCGCUAAUGAAAGUUGUCUAAAAUCAGUUCAAUUAGAAAAAAAAAUGACGAUUGAUAUUGAAUGUCUAAAAAAUGAGUUAUAUGAAUGUUGGAAGUAAAUCAGUAGCAGUUUCUGACUAUUAAAAGUUCAAAAAGCAAGUCAAAUUUUUUUUUUUUAUCAAAAA